GACCGCAAGCUCAAAAGCACCAACACAGACGACUGCUGUUGUUGUGGACUAUACGGACAGACUGUCGGCCUCGGGUGCGUACACAGAGGGAAACAUGGCCGAUGUAGCUGCGGGUGUCUUCGACUUCACGGAACUCACAGAAGAAGCUCAGGAAAUCGCUCAGGAGGCCGUCCGCAAGGUGUUGGAGGGGAGGCGAUACUCCCACCGAAACGUGGGAGAUUGGACAGACACCAUCACAGCUCGCUGUAUCACGGGGCUGACAAGGUUAUGUAAAAACUUCAAGUUCGGGGUGAGGGAGCUGCUCUGCGGGACGCGAUAG